UGAUGACAUCUUCUUGGACAUCUAGCAUUGAUUUGAUAGAAUUGUUCAUGAAGAUGUCAUUUCAACCUUUUCUUUCUAUCCCUUCCUGUGGGCGUGACUGUCAGAGGAUGGACCAAUCACAAGUGUAACCUUCGGUCAGCCUAUAACGGACUCUUUUGUACUAGGUUUUUUUUCCUCCUUUCAUCCAGCCCAUCACUAAGACGCUUGAGUCGGGGAGCAGGCAGAGUUGAAGGAGCGUGUGAGCAGCAGAAAGGAGAAGUUGUAGAAAGCCAUGCAAAGAUACAAAAGCCACUUGAUCGACUAGAAAGACUUUCUUUCUGUAGGAGCUGACAGCGGCGGUUGAGAGCUGAUUCUGCCGGGGCGAGAUAGCGAGGAGCAAAGAGGGUUUUGGACACUUUGAAGACUCAACAGGAUUAAAGAGGAGGGUUGAGACAGGGAUGGCAAACUCCGGCCUCCAGUUGUUGGGUUACUUCCUGGCCUUGGGUGGCUGGAUGGGCAUCAUCGCCACCACCGCCUUGCCCCAGUGGAAGCAAUCAUCAUACGUUGGUGAUGCCAUCAUCACGGCUGUGGGUCUGUACGAGGGGCUGUGGAUGAGUUGUGCUUCACAGAGCACAGGGCAGGUCCAGUGUAAGAUAUUCGACUCCAUGCUUUCUCUCGACAUCCACAUCCAGACGUGCCGUGCCCUGAUGGUGUUGUCGGUGCUGUUUGGCUUGAUCGGCAUCAUCAUCAGCGUGGUGGGCAUGAAGUGCACCAAGGUGGGAGAUAACAACCCUGCUAUCAAGACACGCGUCGUAGUCACGGGAGGAGCUCUCUUCCUUCUUGCAGGUCUGUGUACACUGGUUUCCGUUUCCUGGUACGCAACUCAGGUGUCCUAUCAGUUCUUCAACCCAAAUACUCCAGCCAAUGCCAGGUAUGAGUUUGGCUCCGCCCUCUUUGUGGGCUGGGCAGCAGCCAGUCUGACGGUCCUCGGUGGUUCUUUGCUGUGUUGCUCCUGCUCCAAAGAAGACCUGCAAGGCCAGCAGUAUUACCGCCAAUCACAGCCUUCCACAGCCAGGGAGGCAGAGUUGUUGAGUGAAACUAGUUUUCCUGACUGAUCAGCUUUUAAUCAAGGAUUUUCCAACUGUCCGACUACUGAUUCUUCUUUUCCCUUGUCACCUUAUGCCAUACACUUCUGACAGCAAAUCUUUAUUUCUGUAUUGAAGAUGACUCUGAGAUAUCUCUGCUUUUUCAUAAAUGAGUCUUUCAAACAGAAUCUAUGAAUGCUUGAAGUCUAAUCAUGCAUUGAAACUUUGUCAUGUUCAUUUCCCUCAACUCUUAUGUUCAAAUGUUCACCAAAUAUUCCAGCAGACAAAAGACAUGAGGUCCAAUUAAUAAAAGUAUUUUUCAACUCU